AUGUCCUCCUCUAAGACUAAACGCAAUGUCCGAGUUAGGAAGGACAAUCCAUUCCAUCCAUCAUCCACUCAAAACCCCAAAUCUUACUAA